AUGGGCAAUUAAAAUUGCUAAAGCAAUUCAGUGUAAGUUGAAAAUAAUAUAAACUCAAUAUCUAGAUAAUUCGAUGUUCACAUAAAAAAUAAUCAAGGUGCUUAAGGAGAAAUUAUAAUAGCUGAAGAUAAAGCUUAAAAGCAUCUAUACGCUGUUUAAUCUUUCAUUUUUAGUGAUUAAUUAGAGAUGGAGCAGUUCAUCUAAAAGACGAAAAUAUUUAAGAAAUUAAAACAUACAAAUUUGGUCAGGCUUAAAAAAAUUUAGCGAGCUGAACAUAAUUCGAUGUGCACUGAAUAGCUUUUAGUUAAUUUAUUUUUUGAGCAUUAUGAACGUGAUCUACUUUCUGAAUAUAUAUUUAGAUCUCUAACAAAAUAACAUUUGUUUACACUAGAAGAAAUAACUUUUAUAUUAAAAAGUUUAGUAUCUGCUUUAGCAUAUCUUCAAAUUCACAAAAUUGCUUAUUAAAAUUUAAACUUAAAAUCUAUUUUAAUUACAAAUGAAGGAAAUAUAAAACUCAAUGAGCAUUUUUUCACUUAACAGUAUUUAAAAGAAAAAUUUAAAAAUCCCUCUUAACUCAAAAUUGAUUAGCAUACUAUACUUCCUAUAUAAAAUAAAAAUAAGACUUCAUAACUCAAUAAUAAAACAUAAAUAUAGCCUAAAUCAUUAAAAUAAUUGAGUAUCAACCCAACAAACAUUUAUAAAGAAAAUGUUUUUUCGCUUGGAUGUCUGAUGCUAAAUUUAUGCGUUAAUUAAAAUAUAGGUAUUUCUUUCCAUUAAAAUAGUGACUCUGCUAGUUAAUAAUUCAUAAAUUAAUAAUUAUCUUUAGUUGAAAAGAUGUACAGCUACGAUUUCGCAUAAAUUUUGUGUAAAAUGUUAGUUAAAAAUGAUGAAAAGAGACCAGAUUUUAUUGAGCUCGCAGAAAAAUUGGGAGUUAUAAAUAAACCAAUUAAAAGUAAUGUUUAAGAAUAUAAAAUUUCAAUCAACAAUAGUGAUAUGUCAUCUUACUCUAGCAGUGCUGAUCAAAAAGAAAAUAAUUAAGGUAUUUUUCAUGAUUGCUAACAUUAAAAAUAUGAGAGAGUAGAUUAAUAUAAAUAAUAAAAAAGUAAUUAUUUACUGUGCUCAAUUUAACAACAAAAUGAUGUCCAAAUGUCUUAAUAGUGUUCUUAAUAAAAAUAGACCUCAAUUAAAGAUUGCUAUAUCCUUGGUAAAAAGGAAUUUAUUAAAAUAGAAAAUUAAUAACCUAGCCCUAAAAUUUUAAUUUAAGAGAACAAUAAGUGUAAUUAAAAUUUAGGUUAAAUUGAUAGCUAAUAACAAACGUAGCACACAAAUUGUAAAGAUUAAUUUAAUUUGCAAAAAAAUCAAUUGCAAUAAAAAUAAUUAGAAAUUGAUAAUAAUUUUGGGAUAGGUAAGGCAAAUAAAUUCCUUAUGGGAAAAUAAAAUGAAUUGGAAGAGAGAACUAAAUCAGUUUUUAUUCCCACAUAAAAUUACUCUCUAAUUUAAAGUGUGUAAAUUACUGAAAAUGACAGCUCAUGCAGAGAACGAUAAAUGAAUUAGUUAAAUGAUAUAUAAAAAAAUUAAUUUUUAGAAAGGCGUUAAAGCUAAAUAGAUUAAUCACGUCACUAAAUGGAAAGCAUAAUAAUUUAUGAAAGUAAUAAAAUAAGCUUCAGAGAUUAAUUGCAAAGCAAUGGAAGUGUGAUUAUAGAGUCAGUUGAUGGCAUAAGAUAAAACUCAGAUUUUUAAUUUGAAAAUAACCAAAUGAAAAUAAACUAAAACUUUGAAAGGCAACAACUAUACUCCUAAGUGCGAAGCCCUGAAUUAGUGAAGAAAGAGUUAAAUACAAAUAUUUUCCCCUUAAAAAGUAAUUCUGUCAAUGUUAACUGUAAUCAAUAAAAAAGUGAAGAAGAGUAAAAUAAACUAAAUUGCAAUUAAAGUAUAAAGAGAUCUAAAAUUGACUAAAAUGAAAUGAAUUCUUAUCAAUAACAAAUUUAUUCAAUCUAAUGCUAGAAUCUAUAAUAUCUUAACAGUUAAUAAAGCGAAUACUUAAAUAAUAAUUUAUCUAAUCAAUCAAUCAAACUAGGAAAUAAUUUUUAAAAUUAAUUAUAAAACGAAAUUGAUUCAGAUGAUUUUUCGUAAAUACAAAGCGUAGCUGAGUUUUACAAAAAUGAUUUGGAAGGAGAAGGAGUUAUUUUACUAUAAAACAAUUUUAGAUUUUAUGGGUAUUUUAUAAAAGGCAAAGCAUAAGGCAAAUGUUAUAUAUUAGACUAAAAUGAUUAAAUAGUUUAUGAAGGAUUCUAUCAAGAUGGAGUGUUAAAAACUGCUUGA